AUGUCUUUGAUAAACGAUUCUAAUUCGACCUCCAUUUCUGCACAACUCUUGAACAAAACAUUGCUAAGAUCUGCUAAUUUCUAUGAAGCCAAAUGCUUUAAAGACUGCAAUAUCCAAACCAUUUUCAAUACACUUGUUCAUCUCUCCAAGAACGAAUUGUCCACUACGGGACUAACAUCGCAUACUGCAAUCACUAUGGUCUCUAAGUUGGAUACUAGCAAACCUCUUUCAAUUGACCAUCAAACCAUAGAACCUUUAUUAGCAGUUUUGAAGUCGACAGAAGAUUUGAUGGAUCAAGACAGUGAUGCCAGGAGCUCAGACAACAUUGAAAAAGUAGCUUCUUUGAUGAAACUUCUUUUGGUUUUUCCUAUUGAAUAUUUUGAAAAGAAUGAACGCCCACAAGCUAUCUAUUUGGCUACACUAAUUGAUAUCUGGGGUGUUCAAUGCACUCAUGCUGAUCCUGUUACUCGAAUCAAAUUAUCGCUUAUGUGUAGAGCACUUCAAUUACGAUUCAUUGGCUAUUUCAGUACGCAUAGUAUUUUGGGUUUAAAUGCUAUUGCUUUAGACUGGUUUGUAUCUUCUCAACAACAAUGGAAAUCACAAGAACGAGAAGCACUGGACUCUCUUGAACGAGUUACGAAUAAACUCGAUCAACAUAUUCUGCGUAAAAUGAUCAUGAAUGCAGGCUCCAAAACCCCUGAUGAGCAUUCGCUUACCUAUCUCCAAGAUACCCUUAGACAACGUGUUGUAGGUCUUGAAAAGAAUGAUCAAAAGGUUACGCUUACAAAACUGAUUAAUCUCUUGUCUGCUAUCAAUUCUGUUUUGGCCAACAGUAAAUCCAGCGAAGUCGAUCUUUCAAAUGCUGUUUAUGCAGUGAAUGCUCUAUCCCAAAUCAGUAGCUACAUCACUUGUUCACUGAAUAAAGCAAAAAAAAUUGUUUCUUCUAUCUUGGAACAAGUGACAAAAGCAAAUCAAUCAGAAGCACAAAUCAUUGCAGAUCACGAAGGCACAUUUGAACAAAUCAAGCUUGUUUUCAAUUUGACUCGACUUGUUCAAGAGUAUGCUCGCAUUGUGGGACCCACAGUCGAUGAAGCUAUUGGUAUCGAAAAGCUUUCCAAGACAUUGACCGAUUUGGCCUCUCCUUUUAUUCAGUUCUUACAAUCAGCUUUACAGUUUAACAAGUCUGCUGUUUUGCAUAUGACUACUGAAUUCAUCGCUGCAUUUUGUUCUAUCUUGACUCGCUACCAACAAAUUGAUUCUACAAAGCGUGUGCUUGCCGCUGUGUGGUUUGUUUAUUCCCUCGUUUUCAAAACAGGUGAUCAAGAAUCCAUUGAUAUUCUAUCAAAAGCAUUUACUUCGUGGGUUCAGUCCUUGUCUAAAGAACAAUACAACAUUGUGUUUGAAAGCUUUCUGGAACAAGCAGAAGAUGAAGCAAAUCAUAGAGUUGAUAGUAGUAAAGAACAACGCACAUUGGUCUUGCUCUCGCUCUUUUCACUCUUACAAAGUAAUUGUGUUGACUCCGAAAAGAAUCGCCUACGAAAACAAAUACCAGUGAUUAUGCUCAAGUUGUCUCUCAUUGCAGGUAAAACAACCUCAUUCAGAUACUUGCAAGAGUUCUUGAAAUUGCUUGUACAAUUGACAAGUGAUCAGUCUUAUCACUUCAAAGAUUACGAUGCUUCUCUUCUGCUGUCUUGUCUCUUACAAGUAGCACACCCUACAGCUCCCGAAAGAUUUAAGGGACAGAUGAAUGCCGCUUUAGCCAAUGCUCUCUUUAUUGACAUUUGCUCUAUUCUCUCCAACCUUAUUACACAUCACAAAGAACAAGUGGUUUAUAUGAUGCCUCCUUUUAUUGCUCUUGUUCAAUCCAUGCUGCACUGCUUUAAAUCAUCUCAUGUGUCUCUUGUCACAGGCAAGAAACGCAAACAUAUAGACGAGAGCAAGCUAAAAAUGGGACGUACUAUCUCCUUGUUUUCUGAUUAUGCUCCUUUAGACGAUGUUUCAGCACAACGCUUUGCUCGUGUGUUGACUACCAUACCUCAAAAACAACCUACACUCUCAUCUGCCUCUAAAAGCACACAGACACUACAAAGAAUGGUAGCAAAGCACACGCCUUCUAUUUUGAUAGAAUAUUUCACGAUUCAAUCCAAUCCCAACAUGAGUAUCGUCCAGCCAAGCAUAAAGUCAAUUUUGACAAACGCUCUUUAUGAUAUACUUGAUCUAUGCUCAGAAGCAGAUCGUAAUUAUGUCUUGUCAUGUUUAGAUGGAUCAGGGAAGACUUUAUUCAAGACAUUCUAUACAAGUUGGAAAGAAAACCACAAAUAUACAGGUCAAUAA